CGACUAAACAGCAUAAAGAGGAAGAUGAAAUAGCCUACUGUUGUCAGGGUGGUUUCAGGUUUCUUUCAUUAGUUAGUUUCACAGUUCCAGCUAUGUUAUCAGGGUCUCUUUACGCGUUAUUGGCGGGGUUCAUGGGUGCUGCAGCUUCUUUGACUGCCAAGCUGUCAUUUGGCGCACACUACCUGAGCGACAUGUGUGAGGCCGGGCUCAGCCGGACUGGAUCACCCGGACAGACUGCAGUUUGUGACUGGCUUCACAUCCCUCUGCGGCUGCUGUGUGCUGGACUGCUGUUCACCUGUAAUACUGUCAUGUGGACCUUUUUCUCCAAAGCUCUCCGGCACUGCUCCUCUUCAGCCAGGGCCACAGUCACUACCACUGCAUCCAACUUCAUCUCCUCAGCCAUCCUGGGGAGGCUGAUUUUUGGAGAGACCCAUGCAGCUCUAUGGUGGGUGGGCAUCUCUCUCACUCUGUGUGGACUGCUGGUGCUUCAUGGAUCCACGCCUCAGGCUCUUCCACAAGAAGAGGGUAAAAAGGACACAUGAGCAUGCAACUGCUGCUAUUCAGCCCCGGUUGCAAAAACCUGUGGUCAGACUUUUUGGGCACUUACUUGAAUUUCUCGGGCAUUUAAAAUGUAAAAGCUGCUUAUAGAAAAUGUCAGGUAGGGUCUUUGAGACUCAUAGAAGGUGUAAUGGUACAAACACUUUUUCGUUUACUGAAUAUGACACAAUCUCAAUUAUAUACUGAUGUCUAUAUUAACUGAAAUUGCAAACCAAACAUCCACCAAAAGAUUUUCUGAAUGCCUCUGUUUCUGUUGGAUUCCUUGUAAAUCAGACCAAACGCUUUACGGCCAGCAGACCAAUGAGUCUAUGUUUACAUCUCCCGAGGCAAAGUUUUCCUUUGGAGUUGCAAUUGAGAGAUUGUUUUUCCUUUUCUUUGGAGAAUACAACACGCACCCACGUAAAGAGCAGGGUAGGAAAAGAGAUAACAGGAAGAGAGCUUAAGAACAAAGAAAUGCUAAAAGUGAUAAUGAGAAGCUUAGUGUUAAAAAAAAAAAAAAGACAGAAGAGACAGCAAGCAAUAGCCAAAUGAAAUAGCCGCAAACUGUCGUGACUUGAUGGGUGAUUCCUCAUUCCUUCAGGAGUCAGGAGAAUGUUUGAUGGUCAUGAACCCGGUGCAGUUAUUUUCAUUAAACAUCCUAAUUGGUUUUAUUAACAGUCAGUUUUAUUAUGAAUAUACAAUAGUACAAAUCGUUUUUUAUUUUUCGCUGUCAAUUGAAGAAAUAAAAUCGGAACUGGCCAAAAUCGGAAUGGGCAGGUCACACCUUUUAAAAAAAAUCAGUACAACCAAAGACAUGACAGUAGGUGCGUCUUUAACAUUGAUGUAAUGUGGUUUCCAGUCACAGUCCAGGUUGCUCUCAUCAGCAGCGAGGACAGUGAAAGAAGCCAUGAUGAACAGAAUGUGAAAAUGUACAUAGUAUAUUUAUAAGAAUCAUGACUGACUGGACUGAUAACAGUGCAGUAUUUGAUGUGAUAUAAAGGCUUACCAGUUCUGAAUCUCUCUAAAAUGAAAUGGAAAAUGUGCAACUUUGUUGUAAAUAACCUGCUUUGUGUGUAAUAAAUAAACUGUACAGAAGAUUUUGUAAAAAAACAACAAUUAAAGAUGCUUUUAUUAAA